CGGGUACGAGCACGUAAGCAGCGCGCAAGCGCACACCGGGCCCCGCGCUUUUCGGAGGCUCCAGAACCUCCAGCAUGCGGGCCUCCAGCUCCAGGUCUGUGCACCUGAGUGACUGGCAGAAGAAUUACUUUACAAUUACAUCUGGCACAUGUACCCCAGAACAGAAGGCAGAUGCGUACCGAGCGCAGAUAUUACGCAUUCAGUAUGCAUGGGCAAACGCCGAGCUCUCCCAGGUCUGCGCCACCAAACUGUUCAGAAAAUAUGCAGAGAAAUAUUCUGCAGUUAUCGAUUGUGACAAUGUUGAGACUGGCUUGAAUAACUAUGCAGAAAACAUUUUAACUUUAGCAAGAUCUCCCCAGACUGACAGUGACAAAUGGCAGUCUGGAUUGUCAAUAAAUAAUGUUUUCCAAUUGAGUAAUGUACAGGAGAUGAUGCAAGCUGGCAAAAAAUCCAGAGACUCCCUGUUGGCCACUGCCGAUGCAUCAGGAGUCAUCCGUAAAGAGGGCAUUGUCCUCGAUCCUCCUAAACUUACUGUUUGUGGGGCUUCUGGGGAGAGUGGCCCAUUAACUAAUGCAGCUCCUGAUACAAGUAGGACCCAAGGCAUCCCAGAUAGCAGUCCUUCGACGUGCCCUCAGAAUGCCCAGCCACCUGUGCUAACGAACACCAGGAAGGCCUGUCCCACAUCCUUAACACCAUUUGGUGACUUAGCCACUGCAAAAAUCCAUGCCACACCAUUAUUUGGAAAUGUCAACAAGGAAAAUAAGAACUCUCCAAAAGCCAAUGUAGGACUAAAUAUGUUUUCAUCUAAUCAGUCUUGUUUGCCUUCUGGCUGUGAAAAUCCACGAGAGAGAAAAGCUUUGUAUGGUCCUGGCACCAUUGAUGCCCUUUCCACUCCCAUUGUGAAUAAGGCUGUUAGUAAAACAGAAGAUAAUGCCCAAAGAGAAGAGAGUGGCCUGCCUACUUUUAAAACUGCAAAAGAACAAUUAUGGGUAGAUCAGCAAAAGAAGUACCAACCCCAGCGUGCACCCGGGUCUUCAUACAGUGGUAUAAAGAAGUCUCUGGGAGCUAGUAGGUCCCGAGGAAUAUUUGGAAAGUUUGUUCCUCCUAUACCUAAGCAAGAUGGGGGAGAUCAGAAUGGGGGGAUGCAGUAUAAGGCUUAUGGUGCAGGACCUGCAGAGCCAGCAAAUCCAAUCGAUGAGCGUCUGAAGAACUUGGAGCCAAAGAUGAUUGAGCUUAUCAUGAAUGAGAUCAUGGAUCACGGACCACCUGUAAGCUGGGAAGAUAUUGCCGGAGUAGAAUUUGCCAAAGCCACAAUAAAGGAGAUUGUUGUGUGGCCCAUGAUGAGGCCGGACAUUUUUACGGGUUUACGAGGACCCCCUAAAGGAAUUCUGCUCUUCGGGCCGCCCGGGACUGGUAAAACUCUAAUCGGCAAGUGCAUUGCUAGUCAGUCCGGGGCAACGUUCUUCAGUAUCUCUGCUUCUUCUUUGACUUCUAAGUGGGUAGGUGAGGGGGAGAAAAUGGUGCGUGCGUUGUUUGCUGUGGCAAGGUGUCAGCAGCCAGCUGUGAUAUUCAUUGAUGAAAUUGAUUCCCUGUUAUCUCAACGAGGAGAUGGUGAGCACGAAUCUUCCAGAAGGAUAAAAACGGAAUUUCUAGUGCAGUUAGAUGGAGCAACCACUUCUUCUGAAGAUCGCAUCCUGGUGGUGGGAGCAACCAAUCGGCCACAAGAAAUUGAUGAGGCUGCCCGGAGAAGGUUGGUGAAAAGGCUUUAUAUUCCACUCCCAGAAGCUGCGGCUAGGAAACAGAUCGUGAUUAACCUCAUGUCCAAGGAGCAGUGCUGCCUCAGCGAGGAGGAAAUCGCCCUGGUUGUAAGGCAGACAGACGGGUUUUCGGGAGCUGACAUGACCCAGCUUUGCAGAGAGGCAUCCCUCGGGCCCAUUCGCAGUUUACAGACCGUUGACAUUGCCACGAUAACACCCGAUCAGGUCCGACCAAUAGCUUACGUUGAUUUUGAGAACGCCUUCAGAACCGUGCGGCCUAGCGUGUCUCCUAAAGAUUUAGAGCUUUAUGAAAACUGGAACAGAACUUUUGGUUGUGGGAAGUAACGGGGACAAACGGGGCACUUGACCUUGGCAUCUUUGUAAUACAGCCUUUCCACUUAGCAUGAGAAACUGGGAAUUUAUUCAUUGUCCUUUGGUGUAUAUUCUGAAUUCUGAACCUCAAAUAAAAUAGAGUAACAGUA